AUGUUCGUUGAUGUCGGGUCGCUCUCUUCCCUUGUCAAUGACCGCUUGUCGUCUUCGCGCUUCUCUUCAUCGAUUCGACUAGUGGGUCACUCCGGCACUAGCACGCAGCCGUGUUUUCAAUUUAGAAAUUUAACAUAUGGGCGAUCAUUCGAAUCACCCAACCUGGCAAGCUCGGCGAAAUUUCACAGAGAAUGGCCGCUCGCCGCCACCGAACUCGGGGCAAUCGUCAUUCAGGAACCAAAAUCGGCUAUCUUCUCUUUUCUCACCUUCGUCACGACGUAUCUCUUUUGGCAACAACUCGACUGGCGAUCAAAUAUACAAAAUAAACAAAUCUGGCGGGGAUACAAUGUUAUCGGAAUGAUCGCUUGGUUCUUGUCGACGAUUUUUCAUUGUGUCGAUUGUUGGGUGACCAAGUGGAUGUACUAUUUUUAUGUGAUUUCGCCGACAUCUGUGUGGCAUCAAGUGGACGUCCUCUACACAUUACCGUGGACCACGAAAAAACAUUUU